AUGGAAUGGAAGCGGCGAGGAACUGCUGAUGGAUUUUCUUCUAUCAAUCUCGUUUUUCCAUGUUUAAUGAUGGCGUGUUGGUUAAAGCAUGGUUAUAUGACAUCGGAUAACACUAAUAUGUUUAUCAAUGCAACAAAUCUUUUUUUCUUCACGGGUUAUAUUGCCGCGUUUGCAUUUUAUCAACCGAAACGCAAAUACCUCAUUGCGCAACUUCUUGCUCUUUUCAUAUCACUUUUUAUGAUCUUCAAUUUUGUGAAUUCUCAACCUCCGGAAUUGGCCACUGAUUCAAUGGGUUCGAUAGCUGCUGCCAUGCAAAUUGUCAGCCUCAGUGGACAAAUUUAUGAAAUUAAACGUGCGAUAACUUUUGGCCACACGGAAUAUAUUCCUGCAGAACUUCAGUUUGGAUUUUUUCUCCUUUUAACACAAUGGACUAUCUUUGGUGUAUUGGUUCGGAACUAUUAUAUUGCGGUUGCAAAUUUAACGGCCUUACUGGUUAAUAUCUUCACUAUAUCACUGUAUUUCAUUUAUCCGCCCUUGACAUGGAGGGUACCAAUCAUUGGCACGGGACCUCAGAAUGCGAAAAAAGACUGA